AUGAGCCCUCUGGGCGGCGGGAAAGCAGGCCUACGCUCGCAGCUAUUUGGCAUUCUGUCGACUGUUGCCCAUGCUGAUUCCGUCCGGAUACCGUCGAAUACAUCAAUUGCGCGGAAACAGUUCACUUCUCUUUCACCCUCGUCGAGAUAUGCUACCAGCCUCAGAAGCAGCUACGACGAGCCAGACUCGGAGAUACCACCUCCGGAACCGACCGUUAAUAGAAGCCUUCGAGAUCCCGAAUCAUCCUCCAGGCGAAAAGGCUUAGCAAGACGACGAAAGUCGGAGGAAACUGGUCGUCACGAACAAAAUGAGCAGCCACAGCACCGGCGUAUAGAUAUACCCCAACGCAAGCAAACACCUACGUCCCGUGUGAAUGAACAAUCAAAACCCACCCAUAGUGUUGCUCCUCCCAUAAGUGCUCCUUUGAGGUAUCUAAAGGGCUAUAACCUAUCACAACCAAAGCGACGGCAGCUUCGUGGAAAGAUUGAAAGUGAGUGUGCGGGUAUCCAAUCCUAUGGAGACCAUGCUGUUCAUCCAAGUGAAUAUUUGGUUAGAGAAAUGUCACUCUAUCCACUCACGCACAUUCAUCCGAGCUGGAAGAAGAACUUGAAAACACUAUACGAUCAUAAACGCCGCAAUGUACCAGUAUCGGAAACUUGGAGAUUGUUGAGCACAGAAGACUCCGAAGUCGUGCGUCGAUGGAUCAAGAGUAUACUGAGUUCUCCUCGCACCGAACCCCCUCCUUCUGCACGAUGGCGGCGACUUUGCCGAACUGAAGCUGCAAGGCGGUGGCCGAUUAUGAUAUUAUGGCUUCUUCUACACUCGCCAGCACAAGCCUUGCGGUUUCUAGAGGUGACAACAACUCGGUUUUCUCCUUCAUUUCCCAUGGUUGCAGACUGUUUUAUCUUUCUUGAAAGAUUUCAUGUUGCUGAAUUUCAGGACUCCCCAAAACUGAAAAGCAGAUAUACACGUGUUUUAGAGCACUGUCUCCGUCCGGAGGUUUUGCCUUAUUUGUCAAGAGACUCACAGACCGGGUUUCGGCUCUACCUUAAAUACUGCGAACACCACAACCUAGUGAAGUGCUUCAACUAUGUUCUCAAAAACCAAAAAUUUCUCUCCCUGGAGACAUUGUUUUAUUUCACCGACCUUUUUACUAAGAAUGGGGAUAUUUCAGCAGCGUUAACUUCGCUACGCCUUCUUAUAAUGCGAUUCGAAUCCCAAAAGCCUGUCGGGUACCAGAAAAUUUCGGAUCGCUGCUGCAACCUUCUAAAGUUAGACCGCUACACUCGUCAAGAUGAUGGUACCAUCUCCUUUGAUAUCCUGCCAAGGAUACUACAGAUGGGAGUGCAGCCUGAUUUGUCGAUCUUCAAUAUCGUGGUGUCUAAUGCUUUGAGAGCAGAUGACUUGGACACUGCGCUGCAGAUAGUUCAAUUGAUGGAGAACCAGGGGGUAACACCCGACUCGUAUACUCAUCUUUCAAUAUUGCACCAUGCUGUACGCCUCAGGGACCACGAAAAGGUGGACCAUGUACUCAGCAAAAUUGCCAAAGUCGAUUCCCUAUCCACACAGCCACACCUCGUCAGCAAAACGUUGCACGCAAUGCUUCUUUUUCCUCACAAUUCAAGCCCGGGCCAGACAGGGUCAAUGGAAUCAUUUCAUAAAAUGCUUGACGUUUAUAAAAAGUCACAUCAAAUACAACCACUAGUUGACCUAGGACUUGUACCACGCAGCCAGAAUGAUGAACUGCUUUCAGCAAGCAAAUCUCCGCCCUCGAGUCAAGCUCUUAAUAUUAUGAUCACCGCACACCUAAGGACACGCCCUCAUGCUGACAAAAUUUGGAGAUACUUCACACGAUUCCAAGGAUUGGUAGCCAGCGGACACCCCAUGAUUACGCCUCUGAUAUCAACAGACUAUGUCUUCAACAGCUUCCUCAUGGCACUUCGCUUUGAGCCUCAAACGAUAUAUAAAUGUUUCAAGAUUCUGAACUACAUGCUUCAGCCUCUACCUGAAGUAGCUGUUCAAACGAUGAAAGCCCAUCACAGCGGUCCAGUUCCACUGCGGCCCGCUCAACCAUCUCAACGAACAUGGACAAUCUUACUGAACACGUUAAUAUCUCAUAACCAAAUGCAAGCUGCAGAGAGUCUUUACAAGACCAUGAAAGAGCGUGGAGUGGAGAUUAACGAUGUGGCCUGGAACAUAUUAAUCCGAGGAUACGCUUGUAACCAAAUGGUUGAAGCAGCCGCUAACGCACUCAAGGAGAUGGAGAGGCAGUCUUGGAGCCCCGAUGGACAUACAGUCAAGGCUUUGGGUUUCAUUGAGAAUCAAGAGUUGCUACGGACCCUCCUUGAUCGCUUAGAUGCCAGCGAGCCUGAGUUGGAGAAAUCUAAGCUUGUCACCAAGCAGUGA